AAGGCUCCGGGCUCUACAGACUGUUACGUUUGGUCCAAGGAAGUACUCUGGCACUUUGGGGAGGAGCCUGCAUUCUCACUGCGCUACAUUAACUCACACUCUAGAUAUAGGAAAAAUACAAGGCUGGUUUUGUACGGAGCGAAUCCAGCACACGGAGGAGCUGGACUGGAGUAGCGGGACGGGAGCGCGGCUAAGCUAACAGGCUUAGCUUCAGAGGUCCUAUACGUUCUCCUGCAUGCAUCCCAAGGAGACGGCGCUAAUCAUGUCUCUGGCGCUGAAACAAGUUUUCAACAAGGACAGGACGUUCCGGCCGAAGAGGAAGUUCGAGCCGGGAACCCAGCGGUUCGAGCUGCACAAGAAGGCGCAGGCGUCGCUGAAUGCUGGGCUGGACCUGCGGCAGGCGGUCCAGCUGCCGCACAGCGAGGACCUGCACGACUGGGUGGCCGUGCACGUGGUGGACUUCUUCAACCGCAUCAACCUCAUCUAUGGCACCAUCAGCGACUCGUGCACGGACCAGUCCUGCCCUGUCAUGUCCGGGGGCGCCAAGUAUGAGUACCGCUGGCAGGACGAGCAUCGCUACAAGAAGCCCACCGCCCUGUCAGCGCCCCGGUACAUGAGCUUGCUCAUGGACUGGAUCGAGAUGCAGAUCAACAACGAAAACAUCUUCCCCACCAAUGUCGGUACGCCCUUCCCCAAGACCUUCAUGCAGGUAGCCAAGAAGAUCCUGUCGCGCCUAUUCCGCGUCUUCGUCCACGUCUACAUCCACCACUUCGACCGUGUCAGCCAGAUGGGCGCCGAGGCCCACGUCAACACGUGCUACAAGCACUUCUAUUACUUCGUCACUGAGUUCAACCUCAUCGACCACAAAGAGCUGGAGCCAUUGAAAGAGAUGACUUUGCGGGUGUGUCACUGAAGGAUGGCCUGGCCUGGCCUGCCAUGCACAGCAAACAGCCCUGCAUUACCCCAGGGAACCACAAGAGGGCAAAACCUUUAGGGGACCAAAGAAGAAAAGGCCACCCGAGAGUCUAUUUUUAUAAACAUACAUUUCCUUAUGUACAAAUAACAUGUAAUUUUAUUAAAGUCAAUGUAUUUACUUGAGGAGCUCAGAAAGUUUUAAGGUAAUUUUGUUUUAAAAAAUAAAUGUCUUUUGUCAAGAUUUUCCCUAUCAGAAGCAAUAUUGUUUAUCCAAAAAUAUGUAAGAUGUAAGAAGUAUGUAUGUAAUAUGUACAUACUGGAGGUAAGCACAUCUGUUACCAUGGAAACACUACUCUUGUUUGUCUGUACUGUGAGGCACAAUACUAAAUUUGUCAUUUUUGUUCGUAGACUAGGAAGUGUCUGUGCAACCCAGAAAUGCAAACACUGAAUGCUGCUGCUCCUUUAAAGUUUAUCGCCCCCCCUUGCGGAUAUGUCAGUAAUUACAUGUUAUUGCGUCUUAAUCCUACCUGUUUCUUCAGACUUUGUUCAUUCCAAAACGGAGUUCAAGGUCAUUAGUGAAAGUUUAGGACAAAUAUGCUUAUGUUGAAUAAAGCUAUUUGAGGUCAUAAGCUAAAGUCUGUGGUGGUCCGUUUAACCAUUUGUUCUACAAAAAGUAGGUGCCAGGUUAUGUCUGACUUUUUCUUUGGUUAUAUUCACUGGUGCUCAAAUGAACAAGUAUCCAAAAACAGGGGGGGGGGGCAUAGUUCAAAAGCAAAUACACUUAAAUUUCAUGUAAUUUACAAUUCUUAAAAAUCUUUCUUUACCAAUCUUUAAUCUCUGGAUGGCCGGUACAUUUCUUUAAUCCUUAACUGACAUCGCUGUGGUGACGGGCUUCUGUUUUCUAAUAUUUCUAUGACACAGAUUGUCAAAGGAAAGCUUUUUGUAAUAUAAAGAAUGUUGUACAUUUAGGUUGUCCAAUUCUUUUUCUUUUAAUAAACGUGCUUUAUAAAUAUA